AAAGAGAAAAAGAAAACCAAAAGCGAGAGCUGCUCUAUCUUCUUCCCCAAAUCUUCCGAUUCGGUUCAGUCUCUACCGCUCUCUGAUCCAAUUCGAGAUUUACAGUAGCUUUAAAUUAAGCUAUUUCAACAAAUUUUACACCAUUUUUUUAAUUUUAUUUUUCAAAAUAGUAUGGUUGCAUUUCUAGUAAUGGAAACCGCCGCCAAAUCACCGUCGGUGCGUAACCGUCUCCGAUGACGACUUGAGCUCCGAAACGGCAUCGUUUCGUUGUUACCAAUGGCAUGCAAAGUGCAAUUAUUUUUCACGAUUUUGAGCAUUUGUUUCGGAAAUUAAAUGUGGAUUUCGAGGCUGAUUGUGCAUGUUUGCGUUUGAAUUUAUUGGAGAUUAAUGGAGCAGAGCGAAACGGUCUCCCAAAUCGCACCGAAGAAAUUGGCGAGGCAAUUAGAUUUCACGACGGUGUGUCGAGCGUCGGCGAACGCGGCGUUGCCGGAGGUGCAGCUACAGCUACAGCUACAGUCACCGUCACAGGCGCAGCUGUCACAAAACUCACCGGCAAAAUCGCACGUGCAUUUGCAGUUACAGUCGCCACUGCCGCCGCCGGUACCGCAGUCACCGAAACAGCUAACACCGCCACCAGCGAUUCCACAGUUUCCGGCUAGGCCGAGUCCCGCGCCGGCGGCGAACGCUCGGAUUCAGCACCCGGGGCACAAGCUUU